UUUCUCUUCGCCCGACUUGCAUUUUUUUGUCCUUUAGUUUGGCAUGCAUGCAUGAGGUACCGACGGCUGCGAAGGCAUCAUCUUCCUCGAACUUCCUCACUAGAAAUUACUCACUCGAAUUUUCCACGAUUUAAUGGCAUCCGAAACUUUGCUCUAUAUAACUCUUUUCUCUCGCAAACGUGAAGGAGCGCAUUAGAGACGACGAGGAGCUUAUAUCAGCUUUGGUUAAGAUGGAGGAAGGCAUGAAUCCUCGGAGAAACAUAGUAAGUUUUGAUAAACCGAAUCCGGAGAGAGCUUCAAUGGGUGUUCUCAAGACUGUGAAACGAUGUUUCAAGAAGGUGACCGAGCCCUAUAAAUGUGGAGGAGAAGACCCGCAAGACCAGGAGAAUGGCUGUGUCCGGAACUGGAAAAAGAUUUUCCUGGUGGUUGCUGUGGUGGGUUUGGCCUUGGAUCCUCUGUUUUUCUACAUCCCCGUGUUCGAACGUGACAGAUUCUGCCUUGCUUGGGACAAUACAAUGAAGAUAAUAGCUGUCGUUUUCCGUACCUUUCUCGACGGCUUAUACAUGAAUCGCUUCUUGUUUUAUUUCCGUGGCAAACGUGUCCUUAACUGGCAUCAACACCUAUACUUGGUGAUUGACAUUCUCUCUAUUCUCCCUCUCCCUCAGGUGUUUUCUUGGUUUGACACUCCGAAUGCGAAGCUUCCAAUGACGAGGCAGAAGCUGAAAUGGGUUAUAGUAGGCCAAUACGCACCGAGGAUCAUCCGAACCUAUCCGCUUUACAGAAAAGUGACAAGAGUUUCGGGUAGAGUGACCGAGAGCAGGUGGACCGGAGCUGCUUUCAACCUGUUCCUCUACAUACUAGCGAGUCAUGUUUUUGGAGCUUUCUGGUACUCGGUCGCGAUAGAAAGGAAAGACAGGUGUUGGCGAGAUGCCUGUAAAAAGAUACAUGGAUGUGUUAUAGAGAAUCUCUACUGUGCUCAAGCUGGUGGAGACAACCGGCUUUUCUUAAACGGGUCAUGCCCAUUAAUCAACCCCGACCAAAUCUCAGACCCUGAAGUGUUCAACUUCGGGAUGUUCACUGAAGCACUUCAGUAUGGUAUUACCGAAUCAAGGGACCCUAAGAAGUUUUUCCACUGCUUCUGGUGGGGUCUCCGUAAUCUUAGUGCUCUAGGCCAAAACCUAAAUAUAGGCAGCUUUAUUGGGGACAUAUCUUUUGCUAUCAUCAUCUGUCUUUCUGGAUUAAUCUUGUUGGCUCUGCUCAUUGGCAGAAUGCAGAAGUAUUUGCAAGAGGAGAAAGAAGAGAAAGCUAGAGACAGAGAACUAUGGAUGUCUCACCGGGGCCUGCCAGGGGAGAUGAGAGAGCGUAUUAGGAGAUAUGAGCGUUACAGAUGGAGAAAAACCGGAGGAGUCGAUGAAGAAGCUCUUCUCGGUAAACUUCCAGAAGAUAUCAAACAAGACAUUAAAAGCCAUCUCUGUCUGAACUUGCUUAAGAAAGUUCCUUUGUUCAAGAUCCUAGAUGUCUGGCAACUGAAUGCGAUAUCCAUCCUAAUGAAACCAGUGUUCUACUCUCAGAACAGCUACAUUGUGCAACAAGGUGAAGCCAUCGAGAAUAUGUUGUUUAUACAGAAAGGCAACCUGAGUUCUCAUUCAUUCUGCCUCGUGGCUGGUGACUUCUGUUGUGAAGAUCUUCUUAAAUGGGCUCUAAGUCUCCCUUCCUCUCCUCAACUUCCGAUCUCGAGCAAUACCAUAUGGGCUCUAACUGAUGUCAAAGGCUUUGUCCUAUCAGCUGAUGACCUCGAAUUUGUUGCGACUCGGUAUUCUUGGUUCCAUUGCCUGCAAUUCCGGCACAUGUUCAGGUACCAUUCGGCGCAGCAACGGAGAUGGGCGGCAUGUUUCAUCCAAACAGCAUGGAGGACACAUCGCAGAAGAAAGCUUUCUGUAUGUUCAGAAGGAGGCCAAUACCAGAACAAGCUUCAAAAGUGACCCAGAAGGCACAACACUCAACCAGAUUUCAUUACAACUAGUCUCCUCCAGAGAGAGAGAAGCUUAAAUGUGUGUAAUUGAACUCAUGAUCUUAUAGCUAUACUUCCCUACAUUAUUCGUAUGUAUUCGAAAGCGAGAUU